AUGUCUCUCGCCGCAUCCCGUGCCGUGUUACGGCAGUCGACGUUCACCGUCCGCCGCGCUGGCAUCCGCAAUGCCUCGACGACCGCCGAAGCCACCAACACGGUAAAAGACGCUGCGUCAAAGGCACAGUCAAAGGCAUCAGAGGGACUCUCCAAGGUCCAGAGCUCGGCGAGCUCUGCGGCGUCGAGCGCUGGCCAGGCCGUCAGCAAUGCGUCGCAGCAAGCCACGGGCCGCGUAGGAAGGAUGGUCAACUUCGUGCAAGGAAUCAUUCCCCGGGCCACCUACUACGGAAAGGUUGGACUCGAGCUCGGCAAGCUCAUUGCCCAGCAGCGAAACAUGCAACCACCAUCCGUCCAGACUAUGCAAAACUACAUUCAGCCCGCUCUGAACGCCCUCCGCAACCCAAGCACCCUCUUCAGCCGCAUGGCCAGCGAGGCCAACAGCGCCACCCAGCAGUCACCCGCCAACGUCAUCGCACAAAUCCGAAACGUCCCCCGCGCACAGUGGUACUCGAUUGGCGUAAUCGCCGCCGAGGUCAUUGGCUUCUUCUCUGUUGGCGAGAUCAUUGGCCGUUUCAAGCUGGUUGGCUACAGGACCAAGAAGGACGAGCACCACUGA